AUGACUAAUCCUGAUAUAACAGAGAAAUUCUCCGAGUUGAAAGUGUCAUCUGGGGAAUCUCCAAAUAGUUUACCAACUCUUGAUUUGAGUAAAGCUUUGAAUCCAAGUACCAAAGGUGAAUUUUUGGAUGAAUUAAGAGAUAACUUGUUUAAUUAUGGGUUUUUCUAUUUGAGUAACCCACCAUUUGAUGUUCAAAAAUUCAAAGAUGUUAAAAAUGAAUCAUUAAAGUUCUUUGAUAUACCAUUAGAAGAAAAGAAAAAAGUUGCUAUGGUUAAUUCAAAACAUUUCUUAGGAUAUAAUGGUCUUGGUGAUGAAAUAACAGCUGCUAAUGUUGACUGGAGAGAACAAGUUGAAUUUGCUACUGAACUACCUGAACCUGUGAUUAAUAAUGAUGAUGAACUAUACAAGAAUAUUGAAGGACCAAAUUUAUGGCCAUCAGAAAAACAUUUACCAAAUUUUCAACCAAUAGUCUCUGAUUAUAUUGAUGAAUUAUCACAACUUGCAAGAACUUUCACACAUUGGGUUGAAGAAGCUCUCGGAGUUGAAUAUGGUGCAUUAACUGCAUUUUUCAAAGAAAUUCAACAGGCAAAAUUGAAAAUUAUCAAAUAUCCAGAUUUGGAUAAUUUAAAAGAUCAAGUUGCUGAUGUUGAAAAAGAAUUCAAAGAUACUGAAUAUAAAACUAAAUUGAAUCAAGGUGUUGGUGAACAUCGUGAUAAUGAUUUCUUAACAUUUAUUUAUCAGGCAAGUCAUCAUAACUCAUUACAAGUUAAAGAUUUCAACGGGAAUUGGAUCGAUGUCCCACCAAAGGAUAAUACUUUAGUGUUUGUUGUCGGUAUGACAUUGGAAUUCAUAACUCAAGGUGUUGCUGUGUCGACAGUUCAUAGAGUAUUAACACCAGUUCCAGGUGAAGGUGAUCGUUUAUCAAUUUCAUUUUUCCAAACAAUCAAUAUUGAAUCUAAAAAAUCAUCUAUUGAAGUUGCUGAAAAAGCUAAAGAACUUGUGAAGCAAAGGGAUGCCAAAAGAACCAAGAAUAAGAUUGGUUUCCAAUUCCAGGUUGAUGAAACUAAACCUGUUGGUUAUAGUGUUUUCUUAAAUAGAAUAAAAUCUCAUCCUAAAGUUGGGGAAAGACACUAUCCAAAAGUUUUGAAAUAUAUACAGGAAGAGGUUGCAAAAGCUCAAGAUGUAUAA